UAUGUCGUUUUCACACUUUGUAAAUUCAUUCUGCGGGGCAGAUUUGAUCCUCUGGCGGACCGCUCUUGGCCCCGUGGGCCGUAUGUUUGACACCUGUAAGGUCGAGGCAUUACUCCCGUUUGUUUUGUUUUGUUUUGUUUUGUGUGUGUCGGUGCAGUUCUCCUCCGGGCCAGUGGGGGGCGGUGUUGGCUGAAAGAGUUUCUCCGUAAGCCGUCAGCCAUCUGCCGCAGUCACUUAGCUCCAACGGGAAGGGAAAAUGGAGGACUAACCGAAGAAAGAGCGAGCGAGGGCAUAUCGUCGGUAUUUUCUAUCGCGUAGAUUCUUUAAUCUUGUAUCAAGACAGAUGAUUACUGGUGUGAAUCCCCUGUUUUGUUCGGCGAAGCGCUUUGUCACCCAUCACUGCUAAGCUGCAGACAUACACUUUCAAAGUAGUGACUCCAUCAUCUAUGGAGGGGAAUGUGGGCCCUGAGCUCUCUCUAGCUCCUGAGCCAGAGCAGAGCCAGGACCAUAUGGAUAACUGCUCUCAAGGCUUUGGAGAUAGCGAGCAGAAGGAACAGUUAAAAACACAAAGCGAAAAUGUGGCCAAAGAGUUGUUAGAGCAGCCUGAUAAAUCUUCAAAGGGCAGCAGUGAGGUCAAGAAGACUUGGAGUUUCCGUCGGUCAACUGUUGCAAAGAGAGAGAUGCCAGUGGAGGCAGCAACCGACAACCCUGAAAAUCGCUGUCCUGUGCGCCGGAGUGGCAGGCAGCCUAAGCGUACAGACAAAUUAGAGGAAUUCCUCUUGACUACCAAAAGAGGCUCAAGAAAGAGCGCCCCUCCCAGUCUGGAAAGUGGGGAUCCUCCUUCCCAAACUCCAACUGAUGCAGAGACCGCCUCAGAGGCCAGCUUUGAUGGCAGCGCUGACUCCAAGGCUGUCGAAGACAAGCCAGAUUCGCCGGAGAGAAGGACAAGAAGCAGUGCAAGGAAGCAGACUCAAAAGAAAACUCAAGGUGGCAGGCAAACCAGAGCAAGUGGUGGAGUGACGGUCAAAGACGAGGGAAGCUCUGACAAUGAGGACGACAGCAGAGACGGCGUCAGCAAGGAUAAUUUGCAAGACAACAGUGAGGAGAAAAAGGAUGAAAAGAAUGACCCUAGUUCUGAAAACGCAGGGGCCGACAGUGCGGCACAGGCUCAGCCGGACCUGGAGAAAGCGGAGGUUGGUGAGGAGGACAAGAACAAACUUGGACAGAACAACAACGCAGAGACGGAGACUGACAAGGACAGUGCCGAGAAGGCUGCAGCAACGUCGGUAAAACGUGGACCAAUAAGAACUUACAUCAAUAAAAAAAGGGCAGCUAAUAGUAAGAAUUCCACUCCAGCUAAAGACCCUGCCCCUGCAAACAAGAACACCACUCCAGCCACUAAUAAGGAAACGGUGAAUAAAGCUACUCCAGGAAAGAUGCGUAUGCCCCAGAUGGAAGAGGACGAGGAGGAUGAUGAGGAGGAGGAUGACGAUGAGGAUGACGACUCUACAUCUUCGUCGUCAUCGUCAGUUGACUCUGAUGAAGGAGGAUAUGACCCCAAUGCACUUUACUGCAUCUGUCGUCAGAAACACAAUAAAAGGUUUAUGAUUUGCUGUGACCGCUGUGAGGAGUGGUUUCAUGGGGACUGUGUGGGCAUCACUGAGGCCCGUGGGCGACUGAUGGAGAGAAAUGGGGAGGACUACAUCUGCCCCAACUGCACUGCGAAGAAAAACCAGGUGGUCAGGCCUGCCACAUCCAUCCUCUCCACAAGUACAGAGACUGGGAAACCCAGAGCUGACGUUGGUUUUCAGAAUAAUUCUGCUCUAAACUCUUCUGCAACUGCUGCGAGAGUCAACGCCAGUGGAGCUGACUCUGGUUCGUCUGCUGUACAGACUUCAGUAACACCUGCAUUCUCCACAUCUACUGGAACUGAGGAGAAGGCAGUGGAGGACCUGGGCAUCAAAGGCAGGAUAGAGAAGGCUACCAAUCCAACCGGAAAAAAGAAGAUAAAGAUCUUUCAGCCGCAGGUAGUACAGCAGCCAGCUGAGCCAAAAGCAGAACAGAAGACCACGUCAAGUGUGGAAAAGAAGAUGGCGUCCGCAUCAGAGCAGAAACCGCCAGCAGACACGGACCAGAAAGUCGCGUCAAAUGUGGAGGUGAAAACAACGGGAGAUGCUCCACAGGACCAGGCCAAGCUGAAGGCUGACGAGGAGUCUUCCCUACCCAAAUGUAUUGGACCUGGCUGUGACAACAACGCCCAGCCAGACUCUGUGUACUGUGGAAACGAUUGUAUCCUGAAACAUGCUGCGGCCGCCAUGAAGUCCAUCACUGAUGUCAAAGAACCCAAGCAGAAGGACACGACCAAGGCUCAGAAAAACUCUACACCAAAGAGUGGUGCUAGUGGGAAGAAGGCACAGAAGGCCACCCGGGAGGAGUCGGACAGCGAGGACGAGUACAGUCCAGAGUCAGAUGAGGACGACGAAGAUGAGCAUGCUGAGGAACACCCGCCCCCACCGGCCACUGCAUCCUGGUCCAGCGACCAUAAUUACAUUGCAGUAACACCAGAAAAGACUACACCCUUAUCACCAACAGUGUUAAACAAAAAGUCCUCUCCGAAAGAAGAGAAGCAGACUGAGAAGGAGCAGAAGGAGAAGGAACUGACCCCAGCUCCUGAGAAAUCCUCCCCGGCGUCAGCAAAACCGAGCAAAGGAAACAAGAAGUCCCCACCAAAUAAAGCUAAAGCUAAGGUGUCUUUGAAGGGGAAGAAACCUGCCCUUCAAGCCGCCAGUUUAAAGGGGUCCAAGAAGCCUGCGACGCCCUCAAGCAAAACUGCCGCAAAGUCCAAGAAACCAGGCCAGUCCUCCGCCCAGUCUGCUUUCCCUCCAGGACCUAUCCACGUCACGGGAGCACUGAGAGUCACCAAGUCCAGCUUUACCAUUCCUAAGAAGCAACCUCAACAAAAAGACACUAGUUCCCACAGUCACUCCUCCCCAUCUUCUAGGGUCCCACCAUCUUCAGUUUCUUCAUCUCCCUCUAGUCACUCUUCGUCCUCUAGACCUCCUCACCCUCCGGUUUCAGCACCCACUUCUGCUCCCUUGCCGCCUCCGCCCAACAACCAGAUGAGACAGAACAUACGGCGCUCGUUGACAGACAUCCUCUAUAAGAGGGUAAGUGACAGCGACGAUCUGAAAAUGACGGAGAGUGAGGUGGGAAGACUGGCAGUCGCCAUUGAGAAAGAGAUGUUUAACCUGUGCCUUAGCACCGACAGCAAGUACAAGAACAAAUACAGGUCCCUGAUGUUCAACCUGAAAGAUCCCAAAAACAAAGGCUUGUUCUACAGAGUGGUGGGUGGUGAGAUCACUCCCUUCAGACUGGUGAGACUAAGUGCUGAAGAGUUGCUUUCCAAAGAAAUGUCUGAGUGGAGGAAGCCCGACACUUCUGAGGCUCAGUCUCCCAGUGCAAGGGCCCAGUCUAAACGGGGCAGCAGGCAAGACUCUGGUCCCCACAGCAUGGAUAUAGAGGAUGCUCCACCAACAUCUGAUGCAGAUGUAUGUAUCUCUGCCGCAUCUUCUCGCAUGGCUUCUGCUACAGACCAAGACGAGUCUGGCUCCUCCACUCCUUCAGCUGCAGCUCAGUCCUCUGCUGUGGAGGGAAACAGUGGCAGUAGCAUGCCAGACAUUUUCAGUAACAUGCUCAAAGACACCACUGCUGAACACAGGACUCAUCUGUUUAACGUCAACUGCAAAAUAUGCACAGGUCAGAAGACAGAAGAUGAGCCUGCAGCCAAAAAACCCAAACUCAACAAGAAGCCUGAAACUAAGCCAACCAGACAAGAGUCAUUUUCAUCCAGGCAAGGAGAUGUCUCUCCUGUUAGUCAACAGCAGGCUCCCACAGCAUAUCAACACCAAGAUCCUUUAACUUCUCAACACCCUCCGUCCUACCAGUCCAACAUAGAACCAGCUAUUCCAGAAUCACAGCCACAGCUUGCUCCAGAGGAUGCCAACAUGAUGGCGCCUCCAGCCCAGGUCCCUGUAACCAUCGCCCCUGCUGUCUCCUCUGUCAGCAUUACCCGCAGAGACCCACGCAUGGCUAGGCACAGCUCAGGGGUGACCGUCACUUACACUGCUCCAGCGAAACCCACUAGCAAUGCACCAGAGCUGCUCCCAACUCCCGUUACUGCUCCAGUGGAAGCUGGACCUAAGGCACCGCUGCCGAUGCCGCCAGUUCCGCUCCCUCCGGUGGCUGUGCCUAAAACAUUGAAAACAAGUACAUCUGAGCCUCCACCAGAGGGUGAAACUGCCAUCUUCCUCCAUGGUCAAGAGAAGAUUUGGAAGGGAUUUAUCAACAUGCAGUCAGUGGCUAAGUUUGUGACCAAGGCUUACCUGGUCUCAGGAUCCUUCGAGCACCUGAACGAGGAUUUGCCAGACACCAUUCAUAUUGGAGGCCGGAUAACUCCAAGCACAGUGUGGGACUAUGUUGGGAAACUGAAAACCUCUCUCUCUAAGGAGCUGUGUCUUAUCCGUUUCCACCCGGCUACAGAAGAAGAGGAGGUGGCAUAUGUCUCUCUCUUCUCUUACUUUAGCAGCAGGAAACGUUUUGGUGUGGUAGCUAACAACAACCGCCGCAUCAAAGACCUCUAUCUAAUCCCGCUGGGCUCAAAGGAUCCAUUACCUUCCAAACUGUUACCAUUUGAUGGACCAGGGCUUGAACCCGCUCGUCCUAAUCUCCUCUUGGGACUGCUCAUCUGCCAGAAGGACAGAAAGCGUGGUGGUGCCCCGUUAGAAACUGAGGAGAAACGGCCCAAGACGGUCCAAGCCAAAGAUGGAGAUGAAAUUGGCCUUCCAAAACCACCUCCCUCUCUCCGAGCAGAAAGAGGCGCAAGACAGAGUCUUGAAAUUCCCUUCAGCACAACUCCUCCGGGGUCACCUCCAUCUAGCUCCUCUGAGAUCUCCAGUAGUUCUGUGACUACCUCCUCAGUUCUUUCCCUUUUAUCUUCUGUCAAAGCUCCGGCCACAUCGACUACGACAGGCAAGGAAUCUCCAUCCUCAUCCAGUUCUGUUGCUUCCUCUGCAGCAUCUGCCACACCUCUUCAAACCCUUCUCAAAACUCUUUUUGGGAAAAAGAAGCAUGACUCAGAAGCUUCCAACUCUCCAUCUGAUCAAGGUGGGGAACUCUCUGCUCCAACUUCUACUUUACUUGACCCCAUUGUGCGGCAGUUUGCACAGAUUUCUAAAGAGAAACCGGUAGAUGAGGAUGAAGAUGACCGACCAUAUGAUCCAGAAGAAGAGUAUGACCCCAGUAGGGGCUAUAAUGUGCCCAAGAAGCCUGAUGAGGUACUAAUCAAACCUGAGCUCUCUAAGCCGUCUGAAGUGGUAAUGAGUGAGGCUGAUGAUGUGGCGUACGACCCAGAGGAUGACUCUAUUUUUGACGAUGUCAAAACUAUAGCACCACUUCAAACCAAGACUGCAACUGAAAGUACACCUGAUCCACAAAAGAUCCUUGACAGCCUUAGGCAGCUUGGAGACCAGACAUUGCAAAAACAGGGAGAACAGGAAAUGAUACCUGGUGCACUACAAACAAACAAACUUUUAACUCAACCUGCUAAAUCCCUUUUGGCCAGUAACCAGCUUCUUCAGCUUGGCAAAAAGGUUGAAGAACUAGUAAAGUCAUCAUCAGUUGCUCCCUUGAUCAACCAGAAGAGAGAUCCAAGACAGAGCAGGGAUCCUCGACAGGCUGCAGGUGGCAGGAAACCAUCUGAUGAAACUGAGGAGAAAGAGGAGACCUCUGAUCUGUUGACUGAUCCCGUUCCUCCCUCUCAGCCUCUUGUGCAAGAACCACAGCUGCCUAAUACGACUGAACUUGCAGACUCCUCACAAGGCGUAGAGACACCCCUGCCAGAAGAAGAAAUGAAAGAUGAGACGCUACCCUUCACAGGCUCAGAGAAGUCAGAGGUGUCAAUUCCUUUAUUAGGAGAGGAGGUGGUACCCGAUAUGGAAGUCAACUACAUGGAUGACAAAGAAGCAAAAACAGAGGAAGCUGAGCCAGUCGAGCCUGAGACAGAGAUCGACAAGUACAGUAUUUGGCCAAAUGCUGCCAGUAUUUUAAAAGCUGGUGAGGUCUCUGAAUAUGAAGAGAACAGCCAAGAUGCACAAACUAGCUACUAUAAUGACCACAGAAACACAACCACAAUAACGUCCACGAUCCCGGUACUCACUCAGAGCACAGCGGUAGUCGACACCCAGGCGCAUCGAAUGCCCCAUCACAUUUCAGCAUCGGGCUUUGAUGGCGAGUACAGACCUCAAGCUGACAUUCCCCCACCGUCCAGCAGCUUCCCUCCUCCCCAUUCCAUGCAGGGACAAAACCUGAUGAUGAGGCCUCCACCGGUGACUCUCCCACCACCCAUGCAGGGUAUUCCUCCUAUGUCAGGCCCCCUUCCUAUGCAAGGGCCUCCACUACCCAUUCAUGUUCCUCCUCCUGUACGCGGCCCCCUCCCCAUACAAGGAGAUGGCGGUCAGCAAUAUGGCCCACCUCCAUCUUCAUACCCUCCCUAUCAGAACCAGUGGCCAGGCAACCAGCUACCACAGCAGCAGCCACCUCCUGGGCCACCACCGCAGAAUAUCAUGCCACCCAGAGGACCACCACCACCCUUCCCUCCAAUGGCUCAGAGAGGCCCUCCUCCUCAAAUGUUUGACCCCGUCGUUCCCCCUCAGCACAUUGGACACCAAGGCCCCCAUCCAGGCCUUCCUCCACCUGCUUCAUUUGAUGGACAGAACAACUUGCCUCCCAGAUUCUCUGGUCCUCCACCACCUUUUAACUUUCCUGCGAACAGAGGUCCUCCUCCGCCAUUCGCAGCUCCACCACCACCUGGUCACUUCGAUAACAGACUCCCUCCUCAAGCCCUCUUCUCAGGGCCUAGAGCUCCUCCCCCAUCUCAGUACAGUGAUCAUGGGACUCAACCCGCAAUGGUGGACCAACCUCGGGGACCUGUAGAACAGUAUAACAAAGACUCCACUAAUAACUCUUUCAAGCUAAACCUAGACCAAAAUCCAAACACUCACCAUCAAGGCCCUUUGGCAGGUCCACCGUACGGGGGACCUCCACCCAACCAGUAUGAAGAUAGAAGACGUCCACCUAUCGCUGGGGAGGUCUUCAGUCCACAUAAUCCAUAUGGGGGCUCUAGACUAUCAUGCUCACCACCGCACAGAGGAUCUUUUGAUGAGCACAGAGGUCCUCCUCCUCAGGAGAAUAGACCUCACCUUUCUCUGCCUUUCGGAGGAUCAGAGCGGUACCGCUUUGAUAGGCACUCAGAUGAGGCUAGACCAGUACGCCACAGCGGGCCACUACUGCCAACUCCUCCAGAGGGUCCCUUAGGUCCCCCAAGUCGCAUGGGAGCCCACAGCCCUGACCUCCACAGGGAUGACCACUGGCGUCGCCAUUCUCCUGAAAUGAGGAGGAGGAGCAGCACCACGCGUGAGGACUCAGAACCUCACAGCGGAGAACGAUUCGGCAGCUUUGAAGGAGGACAUCGAGAACUUGCUCCCGGUUCCUCACAAGCCUCUGAAGAGAGACAGAGGGACAUGUCUGAGGACCGACGAAGGGAAAGAGGCAGAGAAGGCCCUCAUGCUGGCAGGCCCUCAUGGGACAGGGGGCAGGGAAUGAGAUGGAGCCGAGAGCGAGAGUGGGACAGAGGCAGAGAAAGGGACCGGGAUCCGGAGCGUAGCCGAGAAAGAGAACGGAGCAGAGGGCGGGAGGUUGAGAGGCACAGGGAGACAGAGGGAGAGAGACACAGGGAUCAAGACACAGACAAGAGGAGAGACCGGGAGAGAGAUCGGGAGAAGGAACGAGAGCGAGAAAAAGAACGGGACCGGGACAAGGAAAGGGAGCGGGAAAAGGAACGGGACCGGGAAAAGGAAAAGGAAAGAGAGCGGGAAAAGGAAAGGGACCGGGAUAAGGACAGAGACCGGGAUAAGGAAAGAGACCGGGCUAGGGAUUCUGAGCGGAGGGACUAUGACCGUGACCGGGGGAGAAACCGUGACAGAGAGCGCGAACGCGAGCGAGACAGGAGACGAGACAGAUCCAGAAGCAGAGACCGAGACCGGGAUCGUGGGAAAGACCGGGGCAGGGACAGGGAAAGGGAGAAGGAAAGGGAUCGGGACAGGGACAAAGACAAAGAUAAAGACAAAGACAGAAACCGUCGUGAAAAGAGCAGGAGCAGGGAAAAGAAAGAGGAGAGGAGGGACAGUAAACACAGUGCACCCAAGGAGAGUGAUAAAAGUGGAGAAAAUGACAAGAAAGCUUCUUAGUCUCUGCUAUAAGGACAUUAUGGUUUUGAGACUCUUAAAUCUUUCACAAGUUGAUAUAUCACUGUAAAUGUAAAUAAGCAGUAUUUCGUUAAAUUUUCACAAUUGUGUUCCUACCAGGAAAAAAAAAGCAUUUGACAAUAUUUGUAUUCUCUUUGUCACGUAAUGGUUUCUAAGUUUGUUUUAUUACAUUUGAACAGCAAAGAACAGAAGGCCAUCUAAGUUGCUUGUGUACAAGACGUAUUAAGUCAGCUACAUGUCCUUACAUGCACUCUUCCCUUGUCAAAGCUAUUUUUUGAGGAAACAAUAAUGUAACUGAUUAACACACCACUUGCGAUUUGUAAAUAUGAAUGUAUUUGUGUAUAUACUGAUGUUUUUAAUCAUACUUUUCUAAGUAGAAAAACUAAAAGCCAUAUAUCUGACAUAGAUAAUGUGAAGGUUAAGACAACACUGCUGAGACACUUGUGUGUUUAUAUGUUCAUUAGCUUUGAACUGAAAGGCUUCAGCUAGCUACCGUAUACACCCCAUAAAUGGUUGUUAAUGAAAAGUCCCUGAUUUUGUUUCAGCUCAACCAAUUAAACCUGUUUGACACAA